AUGACUAAUAUAUUGUUUGUGGCGAUGGUCUGCAUCUUAGUUGUCGUAAAAGAGGCAAAAAACGACCGCUGUACUGGUUACGUUGAUAUCUUGGGAAACCAAAAGAAUGGCUUUGACUGUCCCAGCAUUAUUCAGGAUGAUUGGGACGAUGAUAAAUACUGCUGUGGUACUUAUAAUUAUAAAUAUUGUUGUGAUUACAUUACUUGGCUAACUGCCAAAUUCCAAGAUGACGACGUGAUAUUGCCAUCGCCAAUGUCCAGUAUAAUGGUUGGAAUACUGAUUGGUGUGUUAAUAAUUGUUGUCGUGGUUAUUAUUGUUAUCAUCAUGUGUGCUAGCAGCACAAAAAGGUCGCAGAAGAGAAAAAGAGUUGAUAUUAUAACUUCACCUUCAGCCAAGCCACCAGCAUACACUGCUACCAUUACGUAUACACCAGUAUCACAACCCGAACCACCUAGUUAUUCCCCGUGUAAACAACCUUGUAAUGCAGCAUACAUACAACCAAAGCGUACCACGAGACAUUCAUACUUCACGAACCAGACCAGCUCCAACGAUACGUCAUAUCCGGGGCAGUCGGACAUAAUUAUUGAGGAGAUGAAUUAA